UUAUUGGCCCAGUCAUCUUCUCGACUACGCACUACCGCAGCCACGCCUCAUCAGCGACUCAGCCCAUUGCUCCACUGACCACCGUCCGACCGGCGACCGUCGUCCAGUCAUCCGACACUCCGGCAAGUCGGCACAACUUGCAAUGCUCAGUUUGAGCAGGAAACCUUGUCGCCAUAUUCUGUCACUUGCCAUCUUAGUCCAUCAGUGGAAACUUUAGUACAAUUAUAGAAGAUUAGAUACAAAAGCUUUAGUCUCACAGCUAUGGCAGCCAUGGAAGGAGUAGUGGGAGCUCAGGAUCAACAACCAUCACAACAGCCACCAGCACGGGUUGUGGAGAAGCUGAACCCUGCUGUUCAACAGCAGCUGAACCUGGAGUCUGUAAAGAUUCGAGCUACCAGCCUCUUCAAAGCCAUCUCUCGCAUCCUUGAGGACUUUGACGCCAUAGCUCGCACAAAUGCUGUUCCUAAGUGGCAAGAUAUUUUAGGGCAGUUUUCUAUGGUGAAUUUGGAGCUGUUUAAUAUAGUUGAAGACAUCAAAAAGGUUUCCAAGGCGUUCGUUGUACAUCCUAAGAAUGUUAAUGCUGAGAAUGCUGCAAUUCUACCUGUUAUGUUGUCAUCAAAGCUGUUGCCUGAGAUGGAAAUCGAAGACAACUCUAAAAGGGAGCAAUUGCUCCUCGGCAUGCAAAACCUCUCUGUUGCUUCACAGAUUGAGAAGCUGAAGACCCGAAUUGAUAUGAUUGGAGCAGCUUGUGAAAGUGCUGAAAAGGUCAUAGCUGAUACACGUAAGGCCUACUUUGGCACUCGGCAGGGGCCAACAAUUCUCCCAACUAUAGACAAGGCGCAAGCUGCAAAAAUCCAGGAACAGGAAACAUUACUCCGAACUGCUGUAAAUCAGGGAGAAGGGUUACGAGUACCUGCAGACCAAAGGCAGAUCACUUCUUCACUUCCUGUUCAUUUGGCGGAUAUUCUCACUGUCAGUGAUGGACACCAAGCUUUUAAUGAUUCAUCAGGAAUGUAUCUGAAAAAUACACCUCCGCUCACAUCAAGUACCACUAGUGGCCAGGGAGCUUUGUUACAGCCUUCUGGAGCACAACUCAUCGGAAGGACAGCAGCUUCUCCUGGUCCGUCCGGGACUACCUCAUUUGAUACCAUGACAGCAUCUCCUUUACAAUAUGCCAACUCACCUAGAUCUGGGACAAACAUGAUGAACACACCAUCUCCUCAACAACAGUCACAUCAACAGCCAACACAGCAACAGCAGCAGCAGCAGCAAAGGCAGAAAAUGAUGCAGUUACCUCAACAUCAGCAACAACUCCUUGCUCAGCAGACAUUUAGGCAAUCCUCAAUGACUGGAUUGAAUCAAAACCAGCUCGCACAGCUGCAUGAUCUGCAGCAGGGUCAGAGUCAGCAGAAGUUUCAAUCGAUGCACGGUCAACCUCAAAUGCAAUUUUCUCAGCCACUUGGAGCCCAGCAGUUUCAGGGAAGGCAGCUUGCUUCAGGUGCUAUUCAGCAUGCUAUGAGUCAGAACCAACUCAACCAAGGAAAUCAGCUAAAUCGGCAUCUCAACCAAUUUUCUGGCCCUAUGAAUAGUGCAUUAUUUAAUCCUGCUCAGAGUACACCAACAUCUCAGAUGAUUUCAAAUAUGCCAACAAUGAUGUCGUCACAGUCUCUUUUGCCAAGAGUGCAGUUUGGAAUGCCUGGUGGCAAUCGGACCCUGGCUGCUCCAAAUUUAAGUGAUCAAAUGUUUAACAUGGGGGCAACCAAUCCCGGCAAUAUGAUGCAAAUGCAACAGCAGCAACAGCAACACGGGUCAUUUGGAAAUAUGGCUCAAAAUCUACAACAGAUGCCUCUUCAAAACGUUCCCCAGAAUCAUCCCUCCUAUCAGCAACAGAGGCCUCAAGGCCAACAGUGAUGCAUCAACCGCAAAUAUUCUACAAGUUAUACUCGCUUGUUAGAUGCCUCAAGGCCAACAUCAUACAGUGUUUACUGCCAUGCUUCCAAAGCUAACAUUAAUAUCACCGUACGUGGUACAGUUUCUUAGGCGUUUUGAGUUUUGUUUUUCUUAACCUUGAUAAAUCAUGGUUGCUGUAAAUUGCAUUUGGUCGGAUUUGACCUGUUGUAGUUCCCCAUUUUGCAGUUUGUGGUAUACACUAUGCAUAUAUUCUACCUUGUGACUACAAGCUAAUUAGCUAAGGUGAAUUUGAAGCAUUUAUGGGCUCAAAAGAACAUUGUAGACUAUAUGGAAUCAUUGACUGAUUGAAAUCCAAUGACUCUGGCAACCUGCCACCAAAACAAAACAGGAUCUUUUACCUACAAAAA